AUGUUGUUGGACUACUGCUGUCGUUGCUGUGGAUUCACACUAAUCAAACGCCAUGGACCCUUUCCCCUCAAGACCACGCCCAGUGAUACCUGGGUCGUUCUACAGAACUUGUUGAUGUGCAUGGUGUCCUUCUACUCUCUCUACUACAUCGUAGUCAGUCUCUGCAUUGGACUGUUAAGGGUUCAUGAGAUUGACAGCUUGUUGGCUCCAUUUGACUACACAACACAACCAUCAUGGCAAAACCCAAAGUACAUGGUCAGUGUGAUCUCCACGGAAGUGACCUAUGUCUUAGGAGGCCUUGUGUUCGCCUGGAUUGUGGAGGAGUGGGUUUGGGACUACGCCAUUACCGUUACACUGCUGCAUAUAGCGAUGACUGUGGCAGUAAUGUCAGACUUCCCCUCUGCUGAGCACUGGUGGAUAGCUCUGGGUUCAGGCUUGGUCAUGAUGAUAUUCGGAGGACAGCUCUUGGCAUAUAAGCUCUUCAGAAACAACUUUGUCUAUCCAGCCGAACUGCAGAACUUCUGA